UCUGACAUUAUCCCAACAGCAGUCGGCGAUGAGAUAAGCCCACAGACUCCCACUCUCAUUCAAACCUUCAAAUCUCCAUCUUCUUCCUCCCCUCACUCCCAGACACCAUGGAAGCCUCCCUCUUCGUUACCCCCUCCUCCAAACCCCCUUCAUCCCAAACCCAAACCCUAACCCUAACCUGCUUCCCCAACCCCAUCCACAAUCACACCCCCAUAGCCAGACCCUUUAAAUCCUCAAUCCGAGCCGCCAUUAGCCGCACCAAGAAGGAGCAAACUGUAGAAGCCGUUAAGACCCAGCUCGAAAACUGCUACCUCGUCGCUGGCUUCAAGUACACCGGCUUCACCGUCAAGCAAUUCCAGGAACUGCGAUCUUCGCUGCCGGAAUCGGUGAAGCUCCUCGUCGCGAAGAACACGCUCGUCGGAAAGGCCGUGGAGGGGACCCCCUGGGAGGCGCUGGAGCCCUGCCUGAAGGGCAUGAACGCGUGGCUGUUCGUGCAUACCGAGGAGAUUCCUACGGCGAUCAAGCCGUACAGGACUUUCCAGAAGGAGAAGAAGUUGGAGGAUAACGAUUUCACAGGAGGUGUCUUCGAGGGCAAGUUUUACGCGCCUGAGGAGUUCAAGGCGCUCGAGACGAUGCCGACCCGCGCGGAGCUUUACGCAAAGCUCUUGGGGUCGUUGAAGAGCCCUGCUUCUGCUCUGGUGGGGACAAUUCAGGCGCCGGCGAGGGAUUUGGUUUUGGUCUUGAAGGCUUAUGUGAAGAAGUUGGAAGAAGGUGACGGAUAGAUGGAGCUUCUCUUUUUUUUCCCGGAAGUUGUAAGUGUAUUGAAUUUUUUGUAACCGAGUUUGUGCUUUUAGUAAUUUUUGAGCUUGACGGUUCGCGUGGAGCUUGUAGCAUUCUGUAAAAUUUUGUUCACUUCUAAUAUUGAAAUCCAAAUGCAAGUUCGUUCACAGUA